GGGAAUCUGGUGGAGUAGAGGAAGCGUCCCAUCAAGUUGAACAUAUUGUAAUCGCGCUCCGUAGUUAAAGCGUCGCUUUCUUCUGCUCUCACCUCGCCAUCGACUUCUUUCUUUUAAUCAGUUUCUGAUCUUAAUACCUGUCGGUGGUGAUUGGGUUCUUAUUGCGCGAUUCUCUCCUCACUCCUCCAGGUCCCCUUUUCUUUCGUGAUUCGAAGGAGAAGGGUCGGAGAGAUCAAUUUGGUGUCUGCUCGGAGUGAUCCGCUUCUAGAGGGGAAAAUUGUCGGCCAGAAUCCAUGCGGUGUUCUAAGCUAAGAUCUGCUGACAUUUGAGUUAUUUGUUUUGCGGAUCUGUUCAAAGAUAGCACUUGGAUUGAUAAAUUGUCAUGGAAACUGAAGGAGAGAAAGGGAAACCAGUGAAGCACUCUGGCAGCCAGGUGUGCCAGAUUUGCGGUGAUGGUGUCGGCACAACGGUGGACGGAGAUCCAUUUGUUGCCUGUGAUGUUUGUGGUUUUCCUGUCUGCAGGCCGUGUUAUGAGUAUGAGAGGAAGGAUGGGAAACAGUCGUGCCCCCAGUGCAAGACCAAGUACAAGAGGCACAAAGGAAGCCCUCCACUUAAUGGAGAGUUGGGUGACGAUGUUGAUGGUGAUGAUGUGAGUGAUUUCAAUUACCCAACUGGAAAUCAGGACCAAAAGUCAAAGAUUUCUGAACGCAUGCUGGGUUGGCAUGAGCAAGGGGAAGAAGAUAUUGGUCUGCCAAAGUAUGAUAGUGGAGAGAUCCCUCGGAACCACAUCCCCAUGCUAGCUCACAGCCAAGGGCUCUCAGGGGAACUGCCGAUACAAUCACCUGAUCAUAUGAUGUCCCCAGGAGCAGGUGGAAAGCGGGUUCAUCCGCUACCAUUCCGAUCACCUAACACAUCCAGAGAGUUUGGCAAUGUUGCUUGGAAAGAGAGAGUUGAUGGAUGGAAGAUGAAGCAGGACAAAAAUGUGCCGAUGACCAAUGGUACUAGUCAUCCUCCUUCUGAAGGCAGGGGAAUUGGUGAUAUAGAUGCAACGACUGAUUAUAAUAUGGAUGAUGCUUUACUGAAUGAUGAAGCCCGCCAGCCUCUUUCUAGGAAAGUGCCAAUUUCAUCUUCCAAGAUAAAUCCAUAUAGAAUGGUUAUCAUGUUACGUCUUGUUAUCCUUUGUAUUUUCCUCCACUAUCGUAUCACAAAUCCUGUUCGCAAUGCUUAUCCUUUAUGGUUAUUAUCUGUAAUAUGUGAGAUAUGGUUUGCCAUAUCUUGGAUAUUGGAUCAGUUCCCCAAGUGGUUUCCUAUAAACCGUGAAACUUAUCUGGACAGAUUAGCAAUAAGAUAUGAUAGAGAAGGAGAACCAUCUGAGCUGGCUGCUGUUGACAUUUUUGUCAGUACUGUUGAUCCUUUGAAAGAGCCUCCUCUAGUCACAGCCAACACUGUGUUAUCAAUCCUUGCUGUAGACUACCCUGUCGAUAAGGUUUCUUGCUAUGUCUCUGACGAUGGUGCUGCUAUGCUCACAUUCGAAGCACUAUCUGAAACAUCAGAGUUUGCAAGAAAAUGGGUCCCUUUCUGUAAGAAAUACAGUAUUGAGCCUCGGGCUCCUGAAUGGUACUUCUCACAGAAGAUUGAUUACCUCAAGGAUAAGGUUCAACCUUCAUUUGUUAAAGAUCACAGAGCAAUGAAGAGGGAAUAUGAAGAAUUUAAAAUUCGUGUCAAUGGCCUUGUUGCAAAAGCACAAAAAGUUCCCGACGAAGGAUGGAUCAUGCAGGAUGGCACACCAUGGCCUGGGAACAAUACUAGGGAUCAUCCUGGAAUGAUCCAGGUUUUCUUAGGUCAUAGUGGAGGGCUUGACACUGAAGGUAACGAACUGCCACGACUAGUAUAUGUAUCUCGUGAGAAACGUCCAGGUUUCCAACAUCAUAAGAAGGCUGGUGCUAUGAAUGCUCUUGUACGCGUGUCAGCAGUCCUAACCAAUGGACCAUUUAUGUUGAAUCUUGAUUGUGAUCAUUACAUAAACAACAGUAAGGCUCUGAGAGAGUCGAUGUGCUUUCUUAUGGAUCCAAAUCUUGGAAGGCAAGUUUGUUAUGUACAAUUUCCUCAGAGGUUUGAUGGUAUUGACAGGAAUGAUCGAUAUGCUAAUCGUAAUACAGUGUUUUUCGAUAUCAACUUGAGAGGUCUUGAUGGUAUCCAAGGUCCAGUUUAUGUGGGUACAGGUUGUGUCUUCAACCGGACUGCUUUGUAUGGUUAUGAACCUCCUAUCAAGAAUAAGAACAAAACCAAAAGUUUCUUUUCUUUUUGCUGUGGAGACUCACGUAAAAAGAAAUCUAAAUCGAGCAAGAAGAGUUCAGAAAAGAAAAAGUCAAGCAAGCAUGUGGAUAAUACUGUGCCAAUAUUUAAUCUAGAAGAUAUAGAAGAGGGAGUCGAAGGUGCUGGCUUUGAUGAUGAAAAGUCACUCCUCAUGUCACAAAUGAGUUUGGAGAAAAGGUUUGGCCAAUCAGCUGUCUUUGUUGCCUCAACGUUGAUGGAACAUGGUGGUGUUCCUCAGUCUGCAACUCCUGAGUCUCUUUUGAAAGAAGCAAUACAUGUUAUCAGCUGUGGUUAUGAGGAUAAGACAGAAUGGGGAACUGAGAUCGGGUGGAUUUAUGGUUCUGUGACAGAGGAUAUUCUCACUGGAUUCAAGAUGCAUGCUCGUGGUUGGAAGUCAAUCUACUGCAUGCCUAAGCGCCCAGCAUUCAAAGGUUCUGCUCCUAUCAAUCUUUCAGAUCGUCUGAACCAAGUGCUUCGAUGGGCCUUGGGAUCUGUUGAGAUUCUUUUCAGUCGUCACUGCCCUAUUUGGUAUGGUUAUGGAGGAAGAUUGAAGUUCCUGGAAAGAUUUGCAUACAUCAAUACCACCAUUUACCCGCUAACUGCACUUCCCCUCCUGUUGUACUGUACGCUGCCGGCCAUCUGUUUACUCACAGGAAAAUUCAUUAUACCGCAGAUUAGUAAUGUUGCAAGUAUCUGGUUCAUUUCCCUCUUUAUUUCCAUUUUUGCCACUGGUAUUCUGGAAAUGAGGUGGAGUGGUGUUGGAAUUGAUGAAUGGUGGAGGAAUGAACAAUUUUGGGUCAUCGGUGGUGUUUCAGCUCAUCUCUUUGCCGUCUUCCAAGGUCUUCUCAAAGUUCUUGCCGGUAUCGACACCAACUUCACUGUUACAUCCAAAGCGUCAGAUGAAGAUGGAGACUUUGCUGAGCUCUACAUGUUCAAGUGGACCACUCUUUUGAUACCACCAACCACACUUCUCAUAGUAAACUUGGUAGGCGUCGUUGCUGGGAUCUCCUAUGCAAUAAACAGUGGCUACCAAUCUUGGGGACCUCUCUUUGGGAAGCUCUUCUUUGCCUUCUGGGUGAUUGUUCACUUAUACCCCUUCCUCAAGGGUCUUAUGGGGAGGCAGAAUCGGACACCUACCAUCGUCGUGGUUUGGUCCAUCCUCCUUGCUUCAAUCUUUUCCUUGUUAUGGGUCCGUAUCGAUCCGUUCACCACUCGGGUAACUGGACCUGACGUGCAGAAAUGCGGCAUCAACUGCUAGAGACUGCAUAGCAAAGCAUUGUGCUGUAGUUUGAUCAUCCUUUACAAGCUUUAUCUAUUCAGAUAUGUGCAGAUACUACUCUUGUUGAACUUAUAUUUUCUUAUUCUUUAGUUUCCAUAUUUAUAAUUAUUUUGGCAAGAAGCUAUUGUCGCAGUUGAGAUUGUUGGACUUGCAUCAGUGUUAGUUGCAGCAUUGCAAGAUGAACAAUAAUUUAAUGACUGAAAGGCAUGAUAUUGCUAUUGAUGGA